ACCACAACCAACAUCUACUAUUCCACUACAAUUCUCCAUAUUUGCUCAUUUUCUUCUUCUUCUUCUUUGCAUUUUCAGUAGGAACAGACUCAAACAAAAGAUGAAUAGCUUUGGAACCAAAACUAUAGAAAGCCCACAUAUGAUAUCUGACAAAUGCUUCAUUAGAACCCAGAUUUUGUUGAGGGUUUUGGCCGCUGCAUUCACAUUGGCUGCUGCUUGCUCAAUGUUUACCAGCAAGGAAACUGUCCAUGUUUUUAAUACUGAGAUGGAUGCUCGCUAUAGCUAUUCUUCAGCUCUCAAGUUUUUUGCCUAUGCAAAUAUUAUUGGAUGUGCCUUCUCUAUUUUGUCACUGUUUCUUGUUUCCAUCUUUUCUCGUAAGGGUCUUCACCCAAAGAACUAUUUUUACGUGUUCCUCCAUGAUAUGAUUUUGAUGGCACUAUUGCUGGCUGGAACUGCAGCAGCAACUACAAUUGGAUUUGUGGGAAAAUAUGGAGAAAAUCAGUCAGGGUGGAUGCCAAUUUGUGAUUCUGUUCCCAAAUUUUGUCAUAAAGUUAUAAAGAGUAUUAUAUUCGGUUUUCUUGGGGUUAUUUUCUACCUGUGCCUCACUAUCAUCUCGGCAAAUCAAUCUAGAAAAAUCCAAGUUUGAAAUGUCCAUGUACCAGUCCCAAGAAAAAGAAAAAAAAGUGACAAAGUUUAUAACAGCAGUAGUGGUGUAUUUAAGGAAAUAGUUCUAUUUAGCAUCGAUAUAUAUCUUGCGCAAAAAAAUCUUAGGUAAUAUUUGUUUAAUGCAGUAAUAAAGUUUUAUGGUUGAAGAUUGUACGAUUUUCGGUGGAAUCAUUAAUGACUUGUAUUUACUUCUAUGGAAUUGUCAAAACUGAUAUACUGAGAGAGUAAUUGAAUAUUUGCAGCUA